UCUUUCUUACACAUUUGCAAAAAUGUCUAACUGCAAAUUGCCUAUACAUGGUUCUCACACAAAACGACGGAGGAGUGAGACAUCAUAUUCAUCUAUCAUAUCUUUGCUGCAAGCAGGACUUUUUGUACAGUUUGUUCUCACUGCCUAGCGUUAGCUAGCUUUUCUCUCCAUGGUACCUCAAUAUCAGUACUCGUUUCUGCUCAGGUAGCACCAGCAGCCAGAUGUUUCAGAUGCUGUGGGUUUGAGAACGGCUGUGGAUAGCUACCCGAGCAGUUAAGAAACACAGACAAACGAUGCUAACAGCUCCCAUUACACCGUGGCCAAAGGCAUGUCACAUUUGACCUGGCCGUUGCUGUGCGACUAGCUAAAAUUAGCUAGCUACCGACCGUUAGCUCAAAUGCAGUUGCCUAGUAGGAGCGAUAUGCCCAUAAAGUUAAACUGGCAGUUAAAGAAAAAAUUACGAAAAUAAAAAAUAACACAAACAGUUCUGAAAACGACCAGGUUUAACUGCCACAGUAUUUACAAAAACAUUUCGGCGGACUUAUCAACUGUUUCCAUCGUCGUUUGGAGAGGGUUAACGGCAGUGCCAGUUGUUGGGAACAUAACUGCAGUAGCAGCCGGUCAACAGUCAGCUAUGCUAUUACUGUUCAGUUCUACACGCCUACUCGGAAGAGGGAAAACUUUGCUCCGUUAUCCGGUUAAUAGGAUUUGCGUCAACAUGUCGUCCUCCUCUCCUUCGGGUAAGAGACUGCGGGUUCUGGUUGACAUGGACGGGGUCUUGGCAGACUUCGAGGGGGGUUUCUUAAAGAAGUACCGGGCCCGGUACCCGGAAGAUCCCUACAUCACCCUGGACGACAGGAGAGGGUUUUGGGUGUCAACGCAGUACGGGCAGCUGAGGAGUGACCUGUGUGACAAAGCCAUCAGUAUCUGGGAGUCCAAAGACUUCUUCAUAGAACUGGAGCCGCUGCCAGGAGGAGUGGAGGCGGUCAAGGAGAUGGCCAAGAUGGAUAACACAGAUGUCUUUAUCUGCACCAGCCCUAUCCAACAUUACAAGCACUGCCCGUAUGAGAAGUAUGCCUGGGUAGAGAAGCAUUUUGGCCAUGACUUUCUGGAGCGGGUAAUCCUGACCAGAGACAAGACUGUAAUCUCCGGAGACCUCCUGAUAGACGACAAGCCUGACAUUCUAGGCGUGGAGCCCAAACCAACGUGGGAGCACAUCCUGUUCACCGCCUGCCACAACAAGCAUCUGUCCCUCAGCCCCCCACAGAGACGACUCCUGUCCUGGUCGGACGACUGGAGGGCCAUCCUGGACAGCAAAAGAAAGUGAGGGAACUGCAUCACCCACAAGCACCAGCUUCCCUGGCUUCCUGGUUAGUGGACGAGUUUGGGGAGGAGGGGUCACCAGAGACAACGUCCUCGCCACACCGGUGGGUUUCGGGGCUCGUCUGGCAGAUUUAAUUUCUGAAAGGAAGGAGGGUAAAAUAUUAAAAGAGGGUAUGUUCAGACACAUUCACAAUAUCAUACAGGUUGGAUUUUUUUCACUCUGCUGUGGAUGGACAUUCACUUGUUCAACCACAAGGGGGCACUCUGAGACUGAGUGUGACAGGAUCCACCUUCCCCCAACUUCACUGAAGAAACUGUGACAGCAGAACGUUGAAUUUAAAAUGGUGAGUAACAGGGCACAUAGAAGUUGUUGUGAGCUGCUCUGUGUCUGCAUAAUAUUUUUGGGAAAUGUAUUGUUAGGAUUUUCUUUUUUCUCUUCCUCAUUAAACUCAGGAUUUUAUUUUGGAAACACUGGGGCUUUUUAUCUGUGGUCUUGAAGAUAUGAUGAUAAUCAUUUUAUUACAGUUAACAUAGAUGAAAGAAACAAUUAUUCACCACAAUUUGCCACUGUAUCUAACCAAAAAAAAGGAAUAGGCUGAAGGCUUAAAGUACAAUUCUAGAAUUUUCUUUUACAGUUUGCAUUUUAUUCAACUUACUUCUUAAGCUUUUAUUAAUUUAAUUUUAGAGCUUUUUCAUCAUUAGGUUGAUUCCAUAAUUUAACCCCCAAAACUGAAACACAUUUAUCAUCUAUCUUAGUCCUCACAAAGAUAAGAGGUUUCAAAGAUAGAAAAUCGUCUUAAAUUAUAAUAACCUUCACUUAUUUAAAAAAAGAAAAGAAAAUCAAUAUAAAUGAAUACAGACUGGAAGGCCAUUGUUCACAACUUGAAAAAUUAUUUCCAAGGUUUUUAAAUAUACAAGAUCUGGUCUUAACAAAAGGCAUACCACUAUUUGACAUUAAUUUGUUAAUUGGCCCUAAUUUAUGAUACCUAUGAUCUAAGCGCACGGCGUGAAGCACCUGGCGUAGGUGUGUUUAGGGCAUGUCCGAAUCCACUUAUGCUGGUUUAACAGCGGGAAAAAUAGGGUCCGUGCGCCAGCUGCAUGGUUCAAAAGGGUUGUAAUUAGUGUCUUAAUUAAUUCAUAAGUGUGUUUUGGGCGUUACUUGCAAUAAACCAAUCAGUGUCAUCUCCCAUUCCCUUUUAAAGCCAGGUGCGUUUGCACGUUGGCACAUUGCUAUUACAAUGGCAGAUUUGCACCGUCAUAUUUCUUUUAUAUGUCUUUGGAGUGUGUGUGCUGUUGCGAGUCCCUGUGUGUGUGUGUGUGUGUAACAAGCAUAGUGUGCGCGCGCUGUGCAUAAGCCUGGCACAUUUUACCGAUGCGCUGUUAAAUUAACAAUGAAAUGCUGCGCUAUUGAAUAUAGACUAGCUUUUUGUUGGUCGGUGGCACUUUUCACUGUUUCAAAAUAAUACGCCAAGAAUUCACCUGAACACACCUCCCUGUGGGACCAGUCGCCCAUGGGUGCAAAGAUGGGCGCAGGUGUAUUUGCUAUUUAAACAACAUGGCAAAAAUAGCAAAGACACUUGCGUCGGACUUUGAGCCGCGCUGCGCCGGGUGCUAGAUAGGGCCGAAUGUGUUAGUAGUGAUUUACUCACAACAACAGGGGACAUCACUACACACUCCUUGAGUCGUAGGCACUGGCAAGAAGGUGCAAUACAUAUGCGUGCUGUAAGAGAGGGACCUGGACUUACAGAUGCUGCAACGGUUAUGUCAGGUCUUCAUUUAACAAGUACUUUUUGAGGGAGUACUGCCAUGUGACUUGGAUCACCGAGUACCACUGUCAUGUAAAUGCCGAUAUACAUACACACACGCACAAAGAUAUCUCUUAAGGUUGGUAAAGAGCAGAUAUGGUGCUUAGUCCUAUGUUUUUUUUUUGUUUUGUUUUUUACAUAUUUCAUCUUUUUCACAAUGAUCUAUGCAUCUUAACUGAUACACCAAUAGGAAAACCAUAGAAUUGCACGCAUACAUAACACGUUGCCAAAACCAUCCACUAGUGUUGGAAAUAUAUUAAAAUGAGUCACUGAAAAAUAUUUAAAGAAAUAGUUUAUUGGGGGUUUUAAUGAAUUUAAGACUUAAUUUCUUGAUGUCAUGAAUGAGCUAAAACCCAAACCACAGGGAUGAUUAAUCUGUACUCUCAUAUUCUUGUUUUUACACACAGCCGGUGUCUGUAAACGUUGAACUUAGUUUUGAACACAUCAUAUUUUUUUAAUUUGUGGGUCAAGCUCUUUUUCAGGGCUUAAUGUUAAGACAUUCAACAGGAAGUUUCCUCAAUUAUUCAAAAGCCAAUAUAUACUGAACAAAUGCAACACUUUUGUUUUGGCCCCCAUUUUUCAUGAGCUGAACUCAAAGAGCUGAGACUUUUUCUAUGUACAUAAAAGGAUUAUUUCUCUCAAAUAUUGUUCACAAAUCUGUUAGUGAGCAUUCAAUGGCGUCUGGCACUUUGGAGAGGUACACGAAUGAACCCUAACACCAGAUACUGAAUACUUUUCGGUCACCCUCCGCCCCCCCAUACAGUAAAACUGCACAUUAUAGAGUGGCCUUUUAUUGUGGCCAGCCUGAGGCACACCUGUGCAAUAAUCCCGCUGUCUAGUCAGCAUCUUGAUAUGCUACACCUGUGAGGUGGAUGGAUUAUCUCGGCAAAGGAGAAGUGCUCACUAACACAGAUAUUUGAGAUAAAUAAGCCCUAUAUGUACAUAGAAAAAGUCUCAUAUCUUUGAGUUUAGCUCAUGAAAAAUAGGGGCAAAAACAAAAGUGUUGCGUUUAUAAUUUUGUUCAGUGUAGCAUCUGUUUUAAGGCAAACUAGUCACCACAUUUGUAUAAGUAGUGCUCAAGAUCUACGCCAUUUAAUAUGAGAUCUGUGUCACAAUUCACUUAUACAGUACCUAUUCUUAUAUUUUCUCUUUGUUGGUUGUUCACAUAAACACAUUGCAUCCAAUUUAAACCAGGUUAUUGGGUUAAUGAAACCUCCACAACACAAUAGAAGCUAUCUGUAUUUAAUUUACCAUGUCAUUUGUACUGUAUAUGUAUGAAAAUAGAUAUACAUUAUCGGACAUACACGAUAUCCACAUUUUGUGUAGCAAGGUAACAUUUGAGAAAAAAAAAAUCAAUUGCUUUGUUAUUCACGGUCAUUUAAGACAUGCUGUAAGUACGUUUGAAUCCACUUUGGCUAUUUUUGGCAGGUCAGUUACAAAUGUGCCUGUUGCUGCUAAUGUGCUUUUUAAGAACAAAGUGGUGGAUGCUGAACAUGUGUUAUGUACUUAGUGCUGUGGUAAUGUGCCUAGUCUAAAAAUGUUUAUUUCUCUCCAAUAUAUGUGUUUUUAUUUCACACACACAAAAAAAAAAAGGUUCAACAGGAUGACCAAGGUGAUUUCAAUGGUCCUCUUUUUUUGCGUGCAAUUAAAGGUACAUUUUAAUUUUC